AGUAUGAAGAGGGCCAGUGCGGCUGCAGCUGCCGCCGCCGCCGGGCCGCUGGGGUGCGGAGCGCGGCCGCCGCGGGCCCUGCGCCGGGAGGGGGCCGACCCCGAGACGCCGCGGGAGGCCCGCGCCGAGCCCCGCCGCCCCUGAGAGCCGCAGCCAGCUCGGGACGCGCGAUAUUACAAGUGGAUAAAUAAUGUGCACUGCUCUGAGCCCAAAGGUACGCAGUGGACCUGGCCUCUCUGAUAUGCAUCAGUAUAGCCAGUGGCUGGCCAGCAGACAUGAAGCUAAUUUGCUACCGAUGAAAGAAGAUCUGGCCUUGUGGUUAACCAAUCUAUUAGGGAAGGAGAUAACAGCGGAAACUUUCAUGGAGAAAUUGGACAAUGGUGCCCUGCUCUGCCAACUUGCAGAAACUGUGCAGGAGAAAUUCAAAGAGAGCAUGGAGGCUAACAAGCCCACAAAGAGUCUGCCCUUGAAGAAGAUUCCAUGCAAAGCCAGCGCACCCUCAGGAUCCUUUUUCGCCCGAGACAAUACGGCGAAUUUCUUAUCCUGGUGCCGGGACUUAGGGGUAGAUGAGACAUGUCUGUUUGAAUCGGAAGGUUUGGUCCUCCACAAGCAACCCAGAGAAGUGUGUCUCUGUUUGCUAGAGCUUGGCCGGAUUGCAGCCAGGUAUGGCGUGGAGCCCCCUGGUUUGAUAAAGUUGGAAAAAGAGAUUGAACAAGAAGAAACCCUCUCUGCCCCUUCUCCUUCACCUUCUCCGUCAUCAAAGUCUGCUGGAAAAAAAAGCACAGGCAACUUACUGGAUGAUGCAGUGAAACGGAUUUCUGAAGAUCCUCCUUGCAAAUGCCCGAACAAAUUCUGUGUGGAGAGGCUCUCUCAAGGAAGGUACCGAGUGGGAGAAAAGAUCCUCUUCAUCAGGAUGCUGCACAACAAACACGUCAUGGUCCGUGUGGGAGGAGGAUGGGAAACUUUUGUGGGGUACUUGUUGAAACAUGACCCCUGCCGGAUGCUGCAGAUCUCCCGUGUGGAUGGCAAAACAUCCCCCAUCCAGAGCAAAUCGCCGACCCUUAAGGACGUGAAUCCAGAUAAUUACCUGGUGGUCUCUGCCAAUUAUAAGGCUAAGAAGGAGAUUAAAUGAAACUAGUUGGUCACUACAAGGGGACUCUCAUAAUGGCCUGUAUCCACUUCUCCAGUGUAGUCAGUUUAGUUCACAUGCUCUGAAAAUUACUUUGGAAAAAGUCUUAACAGACAGACAAAUGCCAUCAUAUUGAAAAACGUCCAAAGAGUAGCACUAUUUAUUGUAAUGCUUCUAUAGAAAAUGACCUAUUAAGAGAAAUUCUAAACUCAGAUUUAAAUUAGACAAAUUGUAGGCAAAUUAUUAUUUCUCAGUAUGUGAGCACAGUAUUUGAGAACACAAUAUUAGAAAUACAGCUCUAGCUAGAUAAAAAUUGUUAUUAGAAGAAAAUAUUUAGGAUUUACAGUUAAGUCAACAGAAGGUGCGUGCUGUAUGUCUACAGAGGAAAAGCACCCCGAGGCAUUUUUAUAAUUGCAGGAUUUUUAAGCUAAUUUUUAAAAAGUGACAAUUAGUGGGAUAAUGUGCUACUAAAAAUAUCCAACAGCACUAUAAGUACAGAGUAUUCACAACAGUAAUACUUUACUCGAAAGGCCACUUCAGAAAAGUUUACAUUCACCUGGAAGAGUGCCUUAAAGUUUAUCCCUUACCUAUGACCAAAUAUCUGGGGUACUUUUGGAAGUUUUCAGUAAACCCCUGGGAGAGUUGCUGAUGAAGCGUUUCACACAUUCCUGAGCACGUGGCUGUGUUGAGACAGUGUAAUUCAUACACGUAAGCUGACAUACGUUUAUAUUUUGACCGAGUAAAUUGUACAGUCACGUGUGCAUUGAUUUCAUGUUAUUUUAAAGCAUUUCCUUGUUAAAGUAUAUCUUUAGUUAAUCCUACUUUGCUAUGCUGUCUAGUGAGGUAAAGUCACUGUAGCUAAUGAUGUUACAGACUUAUGUAUACCCUUGUGUACCUAGGACAGAGCUGUUUUGUACCCAUAAACAGCAAAAUAUUGUCCUCCCUGAUACAAGAAUUAAAAAGAUAAAUUUAAAAAAUCUCAUGUCUCUAGAUCAGUGCUUCAUUCUGAGACAAAGAUAACCUUCAAAGGGUAACUUCCCCUGAGAGUUAGGGGAAGAGGCAAACGAUGGUUUCCGAGUACUUACUUCUUCCCUUCGGGCGGCUGAGUGCUGGUGGUGUGUGUUCUCCUUAGCGGGGAGUCUAGAUUUUAUCAUAGGUAGUCCCUUAGGUGCUACCUGGAGUAUAAAAUUACAGGCAGAGUUAAUUUGUCAUUGCCUUGUUUUUCAAUGGCAGCAAAAUCCACCUGUUUUGCUCCAGAAAGUCAGGGAGGACGUAUCUCAGUUUGUCACGUCACUGAUUUAGUCGAAGCAUACACGACCUGUUAACUGGGAGGUUUAAAACAACAGGCAUGGUAUAAUUUGGUGGUGCUGGAAGU